GUUCCAUUGUCGAUGCUUGUUGUUGGUUAUUAAGUAGAUUUACAUUUACCAACUUAAUCUCCCGUAAACGGUUCAUUGACAGAGCAGUGAAUGCAUCACUGUUAGCAUACAACUAACAGCUGUCAGCGUGCUAACAGCUAACGUUAACUAACCAGUAACUAUUGUCAACGUUAAAUGGCAGGCUAGCAAAACAGCUAACAACAACAACAACGAGAUUAGCUUACAUUAAUUUAGUGAUUUGGUUGGUAAAAACGAACAUUGAACUAUAUUUGCUACUACGUAAAUGUCUUCUUAAUCUCUAACGUUAUAUUUUCCAGUAGCGUUAACGUUAGCUAGCUAGCUAAGUGUUAAUGUAACAUUACAUUAGUUUAAAGUUAGCUCGUCUCCCUGCAGUAACGUUACCUUGCUCUGUUCAAAAGCCAGAUCACACACGAAAUACGGGCAGGUGCUGUUCUGGUUUGAUAACUAACUAAGACUUGAACAGGCCAAGCGAGAAAUCCACUGUUCCCCUCCCCAACCUUCUGUUCCUGACCCUCACAUCUUUCACCAUGAAUGAAGUUAAUAUAGUCAGAGAGGGCUGGCUUCACAAAAGAGGUGAAUAUAUCAAAACAUGGAGGCCCAGGUAUUUUAUCCUGAAGAGUGACGGUUCCUUCAUUGGCUACAAGGAGAAGCCUGAUCUAAACGACCAGACUUCACCACCACUCAACAACUUCUCAGUGGCAGAGUGCCAGUUAAUGAAGACUGAAAGACCCCGCCCCAACACAUUUGUCAUUCGUUGCCUACAGUGGACCACUGUCAUUGAACGCACCUUUCACGUGGACAGCAAUGAGGAGAGAGAAGAGUGGAUGCGGGCAAUCCAGUCAGUGGCAAAUAGUCUGAAGAUGCGGGAACAAGAGGAGGAUGAACCAAUGGAUAUGUUUGGCUCACCCAGCGAAAGCAGCCUGGAGGAGAUGGAGGUGUUGAUGUCCAAGAACCGCUCCAAAGUGACAAUGAGUGACUUUGAGUACCUGAAGCUGCUUGGAAAGGGGACAUUUGGGAAGGUGAUUCUGGUCAAAGAAAAGUCGACCGGAGUACAUUAUGCCAUGAAAAUACUGCGCAAAGAGGUCAUCAUAGCCAAGGAUGAGGUGGCCCAUACAGUUACAGAGAGCAGAGUGUUACAAAACACACGACACCCCUUCCUCACGACACUGAAGUAUGCCUUCCAAACCCACGAUCGACUCUGUUUUGUAAUGGAAUAUGCCAACGGAGGCGAGCUCUUCUUCCACCUGUCACGGGAACGAGUGUUCACGGAAGACCGGGCACGCUUCUAUGGUGCUGAGAUUGUGUCGGCGCUCGAGUACCUCCACUCACGUGACGUUGUUUAUCGUGAUCUAAAGCUGGAGAAUCUGAUGCUGGAUAAAGACGGCCACAUCAAAAUCACAGAUUUUGGCCUUUGUAAGGAAGGCAUUACCCCUGACGCUACCAUGAAAACCUUCUGUGGUACUCCUGAAUAUCUGGCACCUGAGGUUCUAGAAGAUAAUGACUAUGGCCGGGCGGUGGACUGGUGGGGUCUGGGUGUAGUCAUGUAUGAGAUGAUGUGCGGCCGUCUGCCUUUCUACAACCAAGACCAUGAGCGUUUGUUUGAGCUCAUCCUCAUGGAGGAAAUCCGCUUCCCCAGGAACCUGUCGCCCGAGGCCAAGUCCCUGCUGGCUGGCCUACUCAAGAAAGACCCCAAACAGAGGUUGGGUGGAGGUCCCACUGAUGCCAAAGAAGUAAUGAGUCACAAAUUUUUUAUCAUCAUCAACUGGCAGGAUGUGGUACAAAAGAAGCUUACCCCACUGUUCAAACCACAAGUGACAUCAGAGACAGACACCCGGUACUUUGAUGAUGAGUUCACAGCACAGACCAUCACGCUCACUCCUCCAGACAAGUAUAACAGUCUGGACUGCGAGGACCCUGGCCAGCAAGCACAUUUCCCCCAGUUCUCCUACUCUGCUAGCAUAAGAGAGUGAUAGCAUCUCUGCCACACACACACAAAAACAAAUGAGGCAUGAACACCUUGGCCACAUCCUUACAGCUGUAAAAUGACCAGAACCUCCAUCUUUAAUGAGGUUUAGUCUGCCAGCAUCAAAGUGCCUCAGCUGGCAGCCAUAUUGCUUUAUAGAAGCCCCCUCUGUCAACACUACGGUCAAAGCCUGGUCAUACUGACUGUACUGUAUCAAACUGGACUUCAGGACCUCACAUAGUCAUCAGCACAACUGAAAAACAACUGUCUGAAGCACCUUUGGAUGGCCUAUAACUGCUGCUGCUUUUUCAAUAUAAACCGUUGAUCAUU